AUGCUCCAGCAACCGCAGACCCAGGGGUUCAAGGUUCAAGGAGGUAGUGGGGUGGGACGGGAGGGGCUGGGGCUCGGCCCCCUGCCCGCACUGCUCCAGGCCUUCCGCUGCAUCGACCAGAACUGGGACGGGAUCAUCACCCAGGCGGACCUGAAGGAGAACUGCUUGCAGCCGGCCGAGGCCACCCAGGCGUGCGGAGGGUUCUCUGCAGAGGAGCUGGAGCAGAUGUUUGCGGUGACACCCACCGACAUCUUGGGGAACAUCGACUACAAUUCCCUGUGCUACAUCGUCACUCAUGGGGAUGAAGAGGACUGAGGGGACAGGGGGUGCCCGCCCCCGCCACUCGCUCUGACCAAAUAAACCAUGGAAGGACGGGAUCUCGUCCUUCCGCAGUGUCCCCAGGGGGGGAGGAAGCUCCAUCCCACCCGGGCUUCGCACCCCCACACAGCUCCCGCUGUCCUCAGGGAGCUGGCAUGUUCCCAGCACAAGGGACAGCACCCCAAAGGACGGGCUCCCAGGAGACCCCCAGCACAGGGUCACCAUUCCCAGGAGACGCGGUGGCCUGGGGUGAGAGGCUUUAUUGCCUGGGGAGGGGGCUGGGGGGCUGGGGUGACAGGCAAGGCUCAGAGAGGGGUCAGGGUCCAGGGGGUGGCACUCGGGGCCAGCUGUGGGGCUGAGCCCUGUGGAGACAAGGAGAUAGGGGUGAGUCGGGGGCCACCAUCGCCCCGUCACCCCACAUCCAGUGACAACCAAAGCUGCUCCUCCAACCUUCCCCCCGCUCCAGGGUGCAUUUUGGGCUCCCCUGUCUCCCCCCCACC